AUGGCAACUGUUGACAGUAUUCUUACAACACUGUGCCCACCGUUACAGUCGACAAUUAAAGAUUAUGCUCAUCGUUUAAGAUAUGCUAUACCAGAAGAUUGGACUGUGAAGUUAUUUCGAGAAUAUUAUCCUCAUCGUUUUCAAGAAUUAUGCAUGAUACAUUUAUCUUUUUUAAUUGAUAUACCAUGGAAUUUUAUUGAUCAGAAGGCGACAACAUUGUGCACAAAUAAUUACAGUGUAAGUACUACUAAUAUUACCACAAGUAGUAGUAGUAGUAGUAGUGCUGGUAGUAAUAAUACUACUGUCAAUACUUCCACACCAACAACUGUCACCGGUACUACUACAAGUACAAACGCAUUCACUCCUUUCAUUAGUGCCAGCAAUGUUGGUGGAGCUACUAAGGCUAUGCUGAAACGAUUAUGGAUUAAUUGGCGGCUGAGUUCCCAUCCAGUGAAAUCAGAUCGUGUUCCCGAUGGCUUAGCCAACAAUAUCAUCAGCCUUAUUGAUCGUUUGGACAAUGAUGAAGCUUGUUGUGUUGAAGGUCUGUUCCGUAAAUCUGGACAUACAAUACGUAAACGUCAAUUGCAAGAGGCUAUUCUACAGACAUCAUUCGAUUCAAAAACAUUUCAAUGGGAUAAAUACAGUUUUCAUGAUUUAGCCGGUGCUCUGAAGUCAAUACUCAUACGUCUACCAGUACCAUUGUUCACUGAACGCUUGAUGCCGUUAUUUCUACAAGUCUCUGGCUUAAGAAAAUUUAAAAACCUCAAUAAUCAUGAACACACCGAUUUAACAACACAAUAUCGAAUGCCAGCAGCAGUGUCGUCUGCAGAAGCGUCAACAGGAGGAGCUGCUACCAGCGCUUCACUAUCAACGUCAUCAUCGGGGGUAACAGCAGCAGCAGGAGUGGACAAAUCAGUCAAUGAAAAGUAUUUAAUCCACUUGAUCGAGAGUAAGCAGAUUAAAGCUCUCCGAUUACUCAUCCAACUGCUUCCAAGUACAAAUCUGUUAGUGUUGAAACGCUUACUUCAAUUGUUAAUUCGUGUGAAAGAUUUAUGCGUGAAAAAUCGUAUGACAACCACCUGUCUCGGUACUGUAUUCGGUCCAGUGUUACUGCCACAAGGUAUUCUGCAUGAAACAAUGCGAAGUUUAAAGAAUCCAAGAUAUCCAUCUUUGGAAUGCCACGAAAAAUGCUUACAGUUGAGUUCUAUAACAAGUUUGUUAAUUGAAACCGGUCUGGAUAUAUUCUUGUUGCCGUACUCAUUGGUACAAGAUAUUUGUACAAACAGUCCAUACAUGACAACAUUUGUAUUAUCCCCUGAAAAAACACUUCCAGACGACUAUGAUACUGGUAAAUCGAAUCAUCACCAUCAUCUGAACAGCAGAAUGAAGUCUUGUCAAAAUUCCCGUGCCAUGAUAAAGAAGCAGUUAAUGAAGUCGAAAGAUGUUCCACUGAUAUCAUCACCCCAUCAUCAUCGAUUUGAAGAAGAUUCUCCACCAUUACGUACAGCAAUACGAUUCGCUACACCAACGCCGACAAGUGCUGCUAAUUUUCGUCUGUUAACCUCACCAAUACGGUCGUCUACAUUGCAUCAUCAGCAACAGCACUGUAUUACUGUUAAACAUGAUGAUAUCAAUUCCCAGUCAAUCGCAUCAAAACACUUUCUAUUGCAUAAUUAUACAGAUGUAACACCGCGAUCGAAAUGGAAUCGAUCAGCGGAUGAAAUCUCUUUAGAUUACUUACAAUAUUCAACGGAUAAAUUACAACAGAGCAUUAUUGAAGGUGUCCGUGAUGAUACGGGAAAAUUGAAAUUGGACAUUGAAAGAAAUUGUCGACUACAAACUGUUGAUUUAAGCAAAUCAACUGUUUCACCGACACAUUUAUUGUCAUCUUCACGAUGUUGUAAACAUGGAAAAGAGAACCUUGAAAAUACACGUGCUGACUGUAGUAAACGGAAAAUGGGAAAAAGGCGACGAUUCACUGAACUGCGCCUACCUUCAACAUUGAAUCGUACAGGUGGUGGCGGUGGAGGUCAUCGUCGAUAUUUCUUCUCACCAUGUCCACCGAUUCCGCUUUUACCAUUCCGACGUGUGGGUGCUGAGAAACGUGUUUUCAAUUCUUCUCUAUCCCCCACCUUCAACGAUACAGUAACCACCCCCAGCACCACUGCCUUACCGUCAUGGUGA